AGCGGCGCAUGGCUCUUUGCCCUCUACAUGACUUCGGAGGACUCGUUCAACGGGUCGAGGGCAGCGCAGGGAAAGUCUCAACGUCCGCUCUUGGUGCUCCUCCAUGGUUAUCCCCAGAAUCACAAGAUGUGGUACUCCUUCGCAAAGCACUUUCGCGAUUGGGACAUCUUGAUCCCCGAUCUCCCUGGGUAUGGCCACAGCACGAAAGAGCCCUCGGCGGACGGGUCAAGCCUCUCCCAUUCAAAGCGGGAGAUGGCGCAGGACCUCGCGCACCUGAUCUACGAGCUACACCCGCCCUGUGCAGAAGGCACCAAAGUCAUCGUCUACGGGCAUGACCGGGGUGCGCGGCUGGCAUACCGUAUGGCCCUCGAUUUCCCGCAACUUGUGUGCGGACUCGGAGUACUCGAUAUUGUUCCUACCGCCCAUGUGUGGGAGAGCAUGUCCCUAGAGAAUAACCUCCACGCAGCGACGAGGAGAAGCUAUCACUGGAUCUUCCUCUCCGCGCCGCAUCCGAUCCCGGAGAUGCUGAUCGAAGGCCGCCCGACAGCCUACAUGCACGCGACGAUCAAGAGCUGGAUGGGGAGGACGGAGCGGGAAAAAGAGGGCGGGGGCGUGCACCAGAAAUGGGUGAGCGAUAGCGUGCAGCCGUACUGCGGUCCAGGGGGGAUGCGCGCCAUCCGCGGGGCAUGUGAAGAUUAUCGGGCCGGAGCGACACAUGAUCUGGAAAACGACCUGCCUUUGCUGGAAUACACGCAAGCGCUCGCCCUCCUCCCCCCUGGAGCGGAAAAGCCCCCCGCACCAUUCCACAUUCCGAUCCUCUCGCUCUCCUCGCUGCACUUACAUCGGUCGAUGGACGUCGCGGGCAUCUGGAGCGCCCUGGGGGAAGAGAGCAAGGUGCGCCAUGUGAGUGUGGGCGAUGAGGGCACGGGCCACUUUUUGGUGAACGAGAGGGAGGAAGAGUGUGUGAGUGUCACGAGGGAAUGGUUGGCUUUAUGGUGGCCUUAGGCGAGGGUUGAUGGGAAUUGGACUCGGGAACUGGGAAUUGGGAAUUGGGAAUCGGGGAUUGGGCUACUGGAACAAAG